AAAAAAAAAACUCCAAACAACCGCGAUAGCGAGAGUUUGGAAAUGAAGAAAACAGGGGGCGGCGGUGGAGCUGCCAGCGACAAAAAGAAGGGCCGCCGCUCCGACUCCGUCUCCUACACCGCUCCUAGGAAGCAGGCUGUUAGAGAGGAUGUUUUCCAGAUAUUUGCCGAGAGAGUUAGGAAUCAUAAGGAUCUGGAGUCUAGGUGGGCCGUCUUACAGGAGACUCGAGUCGAAUAUUUUAGAGGAAAAGAUCUUGUUAGUUUUUUGAAAAAUCAUCCGGAACUCAAGGACUUACUUGAACAAGAUAAGAACUUAGAAACUGAAGAUAUUGCCAAUAUUUUGCUGAGAAAGAGUCUUAUAGUGCGAUGUGACCGUGUUGUCAAAACUGUUCGGCCUGGAAAGAGAAAGUUGUCUACAUGGCCUGCGCAUUUGGAGAUAUUUGCAAUCCACAUUCUGCUGGUUCUUGAGUUUGGUUGGAGCGUAAAGAGGCAAGAUAAAGUGCAAGAUCAAGUGUUCUCUGAUAAUGAUGCUUUUUUCGCUUGGACUUUUGUGAACCGAAGGCCACUAUGGCAGACUCUACUCUCGUUUUUCUGGCCUGUUUUGACUCUGGCCAUCUGCUUGUUUCCUGUGUAUCCCCACCAAGUGAAGCUUCUUAUACUCUACUUCUGCGCGGGCGUACUGCUUCUCAUAAUCUGCCUCCUCCUACUGAGGGGCCUUGUGUUUGGAGCUUUGUGGAUCGUUUUUGGGAAACGUGUAUGGCUCUUCCCAAACAUACUUGCAGAGGAAGCCACACUGAAGGAAUUAUUCCAAUUUUGGCCUCAGAAGGAUGACGGUGAGCGGCCCAAGUGGACGGCCCGUUUGUUUUACGCGUUGGUGGCCGUUCUCGUCAUUUUACUUUUGAGGCACCAUGCUCCUGAUGAAGCUGCUAGAGCCAGGUACCAGAAGAGGAUGUCCAAUAUAAUUGAUGAUGUUCUUGAAUGGUCCCCUAAGCUUGCCCUGUCAGGCAUGAUGGACAAGCAGAACGUCACGGAUGGUGGGCCCGGGUCUGAAUAUACAGAAGGUGAAAAAACGGGAGCCGGAGGCUGAAGUUUCUCACUCGAUUGCUCCAAAUACCUUUAUUUUUUCUUUUCUUUUGUUUCCAUGUUUUUUUUUGUGCUUCUAAUAAUGUUAGCAGUGGUUUUCUGUUGUCUUGGGUCUACAUUCUUCUACUGUUGCAAAUAUCAAGAUUGUUUUUACAUUUUAAACUAACUCUUUUCUUUUCUCUCUUUUUUCCCCUCCUGUUUGAGUUGAAACUAUAAAAUGAGAUAUAAACUAUAAGAUGAGAUAUAAAGGAGAAGGUGUUGCUUUUUUAUGUUUAUCUAUCCUUGCGUUAAGCAUUGACAUAGAUUUUCCAUUCUUUUUCUUUUUCCUCUUUGUAUAGACUAUAGUUAUCCCAUUCGUUCUAUUGGAA